GGCUAAUGGCUAACAGUUAGCUCGCAAACGUGGCUAGGGUUAGGGUUAGGGUUGUUGCGCGUUCGCAUCGGCCUUGACUGACGGGUAGAUCUGGCCAAUCCUAGCGCCUGAGGGCGGAAACUUUCAAGUCUCAUCCUAGAAACUAGCGGCCCAGGAGGAAAAAAAAAAUUAUUCGCUUACGGCAAGCUGCUUGGGUCAAAACAGGCAAGGAACGGUCCUCUCGCCAAGUCACUAAACCGCUACACAUAAUCGGAAAACAGAAUCAUGAAAGGCACAAAUUCCAGUGGCAGAUAUGGAGUGGGGUGGAAAAGUCUGCUCAUCCUUCUCUCCUGCUGUUCCCUGUGUGUUUUUUCCCACGGGGAACCACAGCACCAGGAGCAUCCGCAAGCCACAGAUAGUGCAGCUCACACACCCAACCAUGCACACAGUCGCCUGGACAAGAACAUGGUUCAGGACAAAGACCACAUCAUGGAACAUUUGGAGGGAGUGAUAGAAAAAACAGAGAAAGAGAUGACACCUCAGGAGCUUCAGCUGCACUACUUUAAGAUGCAUGAUUAUGAUGGCAACAAUUUACUGGAUGGGCUUGAACUUGCAACAGCUAUUACCCAUGUUCACAAAGAGGAGAGAGGAGAGAACAGCCAGCCGAUGAAAGAGGAGGACCUCAUAAGUCUAAUUGAUGAUGUUUUGAGGGACGAUGACAAAAACAACGAUGGUUACAUAGACUAUGCCGAGUUUGCCAAAUCACUGGAGUAAAGGAUCAACACUUGUGAACCGCUGAGACUGUUUUCUUGGUUUCUACAACCACAUCAAGGAAACUAUAAAGAACGGAGGUGCAACACAUCAUUACUUGCCAUAUGAGCAUACAUGAGAGCUGAACUGAAAAGCCAUGCGUGGAAUGAUCAGUCUGAGCCAUGAAGUCAUUGGCAGUUAUGUAGGUGGCUAACUUUUUGCGUCAAUAUUGAAGUACAGUGUUUGUAAAGAUAAUGUCAGCUCUUGAAUUUUAUUUCAGUCCAUUUUAUUUCAACCUUUUGUCUGCAGCCAAUGGGCUGCAGACAAAAGGCAAGACCCACUGGUCUAAAAGAAGUAUCUGAGAAAAGUGAUAUAAUGGAUCGGUCUUAUUCUUCUUCUUUUGGCUUGUUCCCUGUUUCCCAGGGGUUGCCACAGCGGAUUUGAUAGUUUCCAUUGGUACCUUGUGAGGGCACAGAACCGAUGGCAGUCUUGUCAAUCCACAUAAUGAUUUGGCAAAAUUUUACGUUGGAUCCCCUUCCUGACACAACCAUUAAUCCUGUGGAAGGGGGCACAUGUAUUGGUAAAUGGUGGCAAAGCAGGUGAAUAAAUAGGAAGGCCUGCUGCUGCCGUGAAAGUGGUUUAGUUUGACUCCUUUGUAUGCUCGCGUUGCACAGUCAAAGUUCAGCCUCUUCCUUCUUUGUAGGGAUUAACUUAACCGACUCACCCCGGCCUUUUUAAAAAAUCAUUGCAUUUUUAGGUCCAGGCACUGCUGUAGUGUUUGUGUCUUAUUCUUCAUGUGGUGCUAUGCAGAGUACAACCUGAUGGCUCAUUAACAUCCACAUGGAAUGUGAUCAGUUAGAAAUAACUGUAAUUAACUGCCAAAUGUCAAAUUUUGUGCUGUCGAAAUGCAGGACUUGAAUCAAUGCACAAUCAUUUAUGGGAGCUAGUACACCCUGUGUUACACCCCCGCCAUGGACCAAAAUGACUCAUGAGAAGUUUAUUCACUUUUCGAGAGAAACGGCUGGUCCUCAUAACAAUUGAAGUGGCCUUUACUUGAUCAAUGUAGUGUAAUACAGCCUACGAUGCAGUGUGCAUAAAGAGCAGUUGCUGUCCCUUUUUGGACUGAUGAAGUGCUUUUGAAGGAUUUUGUUCGAGGAAUGACCCAGGUUACUUUAAGAAAACAGUACUUUACUGAAUGUCAGAAGCAGGGACGGUGUAUUACAUGCUAGAGCAGAAUAAUGAUGCCAGAUACGUGAUUCUCUCUAUUUUCCUACUGAUGACAUUCAGUGUAACAAAGAUGCUUUUGCUGCCUCCAUCCUGGUCAUCCCACUGGUACAAGCCAUGUCCCCAUCAUCUGCAGUGUAAUUUCUUCACCCACCCCAUGCUGUGAGAGCUGAUGCUCGACAUAGAUCUGUUGUCAUUGAGUUGAAUGUAAAGAGGUGUCAUGUUGUGCGUUGUUAAUUCUUUAUCACUGGAUCAGCUAGACUCCUCGUACACUGGCAGACCAUUGGUUGAUGCUGCUGCCUUCUGCAGGUUUGGCAUGUCGACUUUGUUUCAUGGAUUUUCAGUGACGCGCUCGGUAGAAUUCAUCCUCGUACGCAACAAAUGAAGCCAGCAUUAAUUUACUCUUUAAUUUACUCUAAAUAUAAGCUGCCUCUCAAAUGACAGACGUGGCUUACUACUCGUCUACUGAGUCUAAAUAUAGACUUCAUCUUUACGAAUUCAUAUUUUUGUUAAAUGCUGAGUAAUUCAGGGUCGUUGAAUACAAUUAUGUAGCUGAGUUAGAGAACAGAUGCAGCCGUGUUGUCUAUGGAAAGUGAUGCAUAAAAUAUUAUCCGCAAA